AUGCAAAAGCAGUACUCAGGAAACGGUGGUGUUGUUUCUCCAGUAUCAAAGCCUGCUCAACAGCAGAAAUGGCAACCGGUUGAGAUAGCUGCACGCGAAAGAAUGAUCAUUGACCGUUCGUACGCAGCUGCUUUGGCAGCAAGCCAAGAAGCGCAUCAGCACGUUUCCCAACAACAGCCACAGAUGAUAAGCCGAACUACGUCUGACAACACCGGGACGUUCGUUAUUGUACAAGAUCAGGGUAUAGUCGGAGAAAGACCAUGGAUAACUGUUGGUGAACACCUACGAGCACAGCAUAUGCAGCAGAAGGUACUAGAAGCUCAGAACCAGCAAAACCAGAACGCCAUGGCCUCCUCAGCUGCACCAACGGUGGAAAAAGUCGAAAGCGAUGAUGGAAGCAAAAAUGCUAGUAGUAAUAAUAACAACAACAACAAUAUCGAAACGCCGAACGAUGAACAGCACGUCGAGGAGUCCGAAGCUGCCAGCGAAGAAAAGCAUCACGUGCAGGAGCCAGCGCAAAUGGUGGAGCGCAAGACGUCCACAACGACGUACAAGUGUACGAAUCUCAUCUCUCGUCUUCCAAUAAACGCCCAGCCUGCUGCAGUUAUGCGCUGCUCAUCGACAGUUGAACAGAAGCCGAUUUAUGACGCGAAGACCAGUGCAGGAGUAGGAUCGCAGGCAAUUGCAUGCUCAUCGGCGCCCAUCACUCCACUAGAGAGCAUCAUCACCACGCAACCAUUGCCUAGUGAUCGCCUCAACGCAACAUUCGGAACAUCGCGAGAUACAGGUGAACGCCGUAGCUCGGACGCGAUACAGACGAGUGUCCCAACAUUAGGUUCCGGCUGCAUUUUAUCUUCUAGUCGUCAGCCAGCCCCGCUCACUUCCGAGUUCCAAUGUCCGGAAUGUAUGAAAACUUAUUCGUGUCGCAAGAACGUGAAACGUCAUCGAAUGGCAGUGCACAAGUUGUCGGCAGAGGAAGUGUCGCGACCGAUGAGUGCGGCACAGUCUGUAGGCAGUAUGGGUGAUUCGCCGCCUCUUCCAUCUCUAGGGCAACAGGUUGUGAAUCGUAUGGCAGUUCCGAGAAGUGAAUAUAAAUCUGAUGGGCACAUGAUGGGAUCUCCACAGCAGAUCGUCCAGCAGAUGAAGUAUCAAGACAGGGUGAACAAUACAUGGAUAAGUCCGCAUCAAGUGCAAAAUUCACACACAGAAGGAAGUUGGUCCAGAACAAGAGAGUAUGUGGACGAUGAAGAAAGCGCUGAAACCGCUAGGAUUGCAGCUGAAUUGAAGCGAAGUGCUGAGCAGGAGAUGGCCGAGAUUGAAGGGAAGAAACCACGUACGGAAUUAGCUGAAGCGGACACCACAUUCCAUGAGGAAGCUGAACCUAGCUCUUCUCAAAUGCAUGAUUCGACUAGAAUGCACACCUUGACUUCUGUUACUGGACAGUACCACUCGAACCCUGCUUCCCAUUCUUCAAUCAGCUCAUGGAUCGAGCAAAAAUCAGUACCGGUAGAUGUUCAACAUGCCCCACGGACCGUUCCUCAGUCAAAUCCGUCAACUGUACGUGUCAAUAAGAGGCCACCUCAUGUCUGUAUUGAUUGCAAUCGUGUCCUCUCUUCCGACUACUCGUUACGGCGUCAUCGCCUCACAUGCGUCGAAGCACGAGCAAAUGGUGCCAAUCAACCUGUGGCGCCAUCAGGAGGGUCUAGCACCAACACAAGUGCUCUGAGCGAGGAAUCCUUGCACCUUCAAGAUGUAAUGCUUGGCAGUGCAUGUAUUGGAAAUGACCGAAAUACGGAUUCAAUGGGAAUGUCAGAUCCGAUGUUGAGCCACGUUGCACUUUCGACCCCAAUGCAUCAGCAAGGCGUUCAGUUCAAUCGCACCCCGUCCUUGAGUGGUUCAGGUUCUUCAUCUGCCGUCGACGAGUGGUAUGAGCGUCAUUCACUGCGGAAAACGGAUGAUGUUCCAGACUCAACAACGAGUCAGAGGCUCGAUAGGUCAACCUCUCCAGGGAUUUUGUCCACACCUCCAGAAAACUCACAACCCGGUUGUCUUCAGUACACAAGGAAACGUGCUAAUUCCGGUGAAGUGAACCUGCAGACUGGUCACACAGCUCGCUCGCAGCAACACAAACAUCUUUGCCAAGUGAGUGUUUUGCUAACUGAACGAUCUUUAGGGGUGUGUGUUCACAAGCGUAAGUCAUUAGGUUGCUCUUUACCUUCUGUAAGCGUAACAUUAACACCAUGCCUUUUCGUCAUGCUUUGA